GAUUUCAGUGUCCUCCUCCUUACCGUAGUAGUUCGUUGGAUUGUUGUCUAACCUUUCCCGGGAUAAGAAAGUCUAUAUAGAAAUUGAAUGCUACAUCAAGUUGACUCUUACAAUUUCUCAUAGAUAACAAAAAAUAUUUUGUUAGGACACGCUUGGUUGAAAAGAUGGAUGUUGGGGUCCAUGAGAUGACUAUGGAGGAUGAAGAAGAUGACUUCAUGUUGUCAAGAAAUUACUUCCUUGCCAAAGAAAUUGGCAGCUCUUCAAGGAAGAAAUCCUCGCAAAAACACGUCGUCGACAUCAAUCAUGUUGACGAACAAGUCCUCCGAAAAGAAGUCUUUGAUAUUCCAGUGAAGCAUGAAAACGAAAUCCAACAUUUAAUCAAAAGUUACAGAAAUUUAUACCCUAAGUGGCUUUUUGAGUUAAGGUGUGGUUUUGGUUUAUUAAUGUAUGGAUUUGGUUCUAAAAAAGCCUUGCUCGAGGAUUUUGCUUCAACAAGCUUAACUGAUUUUGGAGUGGUCGUGAUCAAUGGCUAUCUUCCAUCAAACAAUCUUAAACAAGCCCUGAUAACCCUAGCUGAAGUCCUCUCGGACCAAUUAAAACAUGAAAGGAAGAGCUCUACAAGAAGCAAAUCGAACACUGAACAUACUUUUAGUUCUCUGUCAAUUGAAGAUCUUCUCUCAUUUCUGAAUGUGCAACUUCCACAAGACAAUAACUGUUUUGUCUGUGUUAUCAUACACAACAUUGAUGGUCCUUCUUUGAGAGAUCCUGAUUCACAACAGUAUCUUGCGCAAUUAGCAAGCUGUUCUAGAGUCCGUAUGGUUGCAUCGAUUGACCAUGUGAAUGCACCUCUUUUGUGGGACAAGAAGAUGGUGCACACUCAGUUCAAGUGGUCGUGGCAUCACGUCCCAACUUUUGCCCCUUACAAGGCGGAGGGCAAUUUUUUCCCAUUGAUUUUGGCAAAUUAUGGCAAUGCCCAAACCACGAAAACUGCUUUGGUUGUUCUACAGAGUUUGACACCCAAUGCGCAGAGUGUUUUUAAAAUCCUUGCCGAGCAUCAGCUAGCCAAUGAGAAAGAAGGCAUGCCAAACAGCACCUUGUACACCAAGUGUCACGCGCGAUUCCUGGUUAGCAACCAAGUAACACUGAAUUCCCAUCUAACAGAGUUCAAAGACCAUGAGUUAGUGAAGGCGAGACGGCACUCAGAUGGACAAGAUUGUUUCUACAUUCCUCUACCCUCUGAAGCACUCAGCAAGCUCUUGCAAGAAUUGGCAUAAUCUGAUUUCUCGUGGUCCAGUUGUUAGCGAAGUCAACCGUGUGUUUAUUUUUUGUGCAUUGUUGUGCUCAUUCAAUGUGUUUUAGCAACUCUAGCUGCUCUAGUUCUUUAGUUUCUAUGUUCCUCUAUCCCCUUCUAAGCACUCAGUAAGCUGUUAUAAGGA